AUUACAACAAUGAGAAAAAAGAAUUUCUCGGAGGACUCUGUUUUCCAUUUUGAAAGUCAGAACAGCUUCCGAAAUUCAAGUAAUGACCCUUCACGCAGCCCUACAGAGAGUUUGGGAUCAGUAUUUUUAAGUUCAGAUGGAGAAAAUGGAUCAGAUGAAAAAAAGCCUGGAAAAUCACCUACUAUACUGCUGCAGAGCCCUACCAGUGAAGUGGAGUAUUUUGAAGACCGGAAAAAAGCUGGUGUUGCCAGGACAAAGAGCAGUGCAGACAGCCCACCCAUAGCAAUGGACAUCAAGAGCAACUCAAAGACUGAGAGGAAAAAACGUGUCUCAAACCAGCUGAAGGCAAAUGCACACUUUCAUAAGCUGUUUAUGGAGGUUCCCAUGGAUGAGCCACUGAAACAAAGUUUUACGUGUGCUCUGCAGAAAGAAAUUCUGUACCAAGGCAAGUUAUUCCUUUCUGAAAACUGGAUUUGCUUCCAUUCCAAGGUUUUUGGCAAAGACACUAAGAUCAGUAUACCUGUGCUCUCUGUGACGCUACUAAAGAAAACCAAAACUGCCCUCCUUGUGCCAAAUGCUCUGAUCAUAGCAACAGUUACAGAUAAAUACAUGUUUGUCUCCUUGCUCUCCAGAGAUAACACCUACAAACUAUUAAAAUCCAUCUGUGGACAUCUCGAGGAUACCAGCGUUGGCAACAGUCCCAAUCCCUCUUCUCUCGAAAACAGUUUCAGGGCUGAUCGUCCUACAACUCUAUCACUGGAUUUCAAUGAAGACUAUUCUGAUCUGGAUGGCAUAGUGCAACAGAGGAGGCAAGAGAUGGAGGAGUCCAGUAGCACAGGCUCCCAAACCCCAGAGCUGGAACGCUUCCAAGAUUAUCAUGUUAUUGAGACACAGACCCACUUGAAAGUUUCCAAGACUGAGGCAAAGUCUGUCCGUUCGGAUGUACACAGUAAACGUGUACCUGAAGGAAAAGCCAGGAACACUUCUCGGAAUGGUCAUUUUGAAGCCUUCGGGUUCUUCCACAAAGUGAAGUCCCAGAAACUUGUAUCUCUGAACCAAAUACUUAUAUUUUAUGCAGUUCUUGUCUGCGUAUUAAUAUUUUCUACCUUCUACAUGAGAUACAAAAUCAACGUCCUAGAGGAACGUCUUAUUUCCAUGACAUCCUUUGAGUCGCAUGUUAAGGAACAACCAGUUCGCCAAGGUUUGGGAUCUCAUCUGCAAGUUAAUGCUGAUGCCCUCUGUGAUGAGUUAACUGCUAAUCUUAUAAAAUUGGAAAAGAUACAAAACAACUUGCAAAGACUACUUGAAGAUGGUGAAUGAAAUGUUGAUGUUCUUAGACUGCUUCAGACCGCUGUCUUUUGCUCCUGACAAGCAGUUCCAAAAAAACUCUGCUGGCCGGAGUUCAAGCUUCUUCUUUUUGAUCCAAGCCAAGUUUAAACUACUGUUUAUCUCCUGUCACAAUGUAGAAAGUCUGUCUAUUCUUGAACAAUUA